CGAAUGGGCCAUUGAAAUAAAUCGAAUCUGUUUAACAUUCCUCGGCAUUUGGCCAGAGAAUAACGAAACUAAGCAGAAAAAGUUAAUGUCGGACAUACGUGUGAUCAUAAUAUUAAAUAUAAUGACCUGGGCCUGCCUUUUUCCAAUGCUACAUUCAUUGCUGAAGAUUUACGAUGACAUAAUGUCAACAAUCGAUAAUUUGCAAUACACCUUACCGCUUCUAAUAGCCGUAAUAAAACUGUUCAUCAUUUGGCAAAAAAAAUGUGAUAUUCUACCUUUAUUAAACAUGAUGAAGGACGAUUGGUUGAGACCAAAAACGUCGGAAGAGAGGAACGUCAUGAUAAAACAAGCGCGAAUUGCGCGUAUUCUCACGAUAUUUAGUUGCUUCGUAAUAAUACAAGCAGGUGCUGUAAUGAUCUUGCUUUCCGUUUGUGGUAUUUCAAUGAGAUACAGAACGAACAGAACGGACUCAGGCAAAUUAUUGCUACUGCAAUCAUAUUAUUUAUACGAUGUAAGUAACAGUCCACUUUACGAGAUAACGUUUGGUCUACAAACCGUUAGUUUGAUACUAGCCGGCAUAAUGUAUACCUGCACGGAUACCUUUAUGAGUUUGCUGAUCUUCCACGUAUGUGGUCAACUUGAGAAUCUCAAAGCACGUAUUCGCAAUUUGGGUAAAUACAGUAAUUUUGCAGAUACUUUGUCAACCAGUGUGAAGGAUCACAUACGUCUUCUCAGGUUCUGUAUUUAUCAUACACAUUGAGUAUAAUAAAUGUUUAAUAGUAAAUGUCAGUUUUGUAAAAAUAAAUGAAAAGUUGUGCGUUUAUAGUA